AUGGCCAAGGUCCCGGUGCUGGAAGACGCCUUCCUGCAGGCGCAGCCUUCGCCCCAAGUUUCCCCUGAGGCCCAGGAAGAGUGCUGUGUGCAGCUCUUGGGCAAGGGCUUGCUCAUUUACCCCGAAGAAAGGGUGUACCUGGAGGCUGAAGCGCAGCCCGUGGGCGCGCUGGGCAGCGCGGAGAGAGGGGAAGACCCGGAGCUGCCGGUGGGAGUUAAAUCAGAAAUGCAUUUAAGCAAUGGUAACUUUUCCUCUGAAGAAGAGGAUGGAGAGAGUCACGACAACAAAACCAAAGCAGCCGAUCUACACCUCUCUCAGAAAAAAACCAUCACGCAGAUGAUGAAGGAUAAAAAGAAGCAGACUCAGCUCACCCUGCAAUGGCUUGAAGAGAAUUACAUCGUAUGUGAAGGAGUCUGUUUACCACGGUGUAUCCUUUAUGCACACUACUUAGAUUUCUGCAGGAAAGAGAAAUUGGAGCCAGCCUGUGCAGCCACCUUUGGAAAGACAAUUCGCCAGAAAUUUCCCCUCUUGACAACUCGGCGGCUUGGGACAAGAGGCCAUUCAAAGUAUCAUUAUUAUGGGAUUGGCAUCAAAGAGAGCAGUGCCUAUUACCACUCCGUUUAUUCUGGAAAGGGCCUGACAAGGUUUUCUGGAAGCAAGCUGAAGAAUGAGGGUGGCUUCACUCGUAAAUAUUCACUAAGUUCAAAAACUGGAACACUCCUUCCAGAAUUCCCCAGUGCUCAACACCUUGUGUACCAAGGAUGCAUUUCUAAAGACAAGGUUGAUACCCUCAUAAUGAUGUAUAAAACUCACUGCCAGUGCAUCCUGGACAAUGCAAUUAAUGGAAACUUUGAAGAGAUCCAGCAUUUCUUAUUACACUUUUGGCAAGGAAUGCCUGAUCAUCUUCUUCCCCUGCUUGAAAACCCUGUUAUCAUUGACAUUUUCUGUGUUUGUGACUCAAUUCUUUAUAAGGUUCUUACAGAUGUACUCAUUCCUGCAACAAUGCAAGAAAUGCCUGAAAGCUUAUUAGCAGAUAUAAGGAAUUUUGCUAAAAAUUGGGAACAGUGGGUUGUUUCAUCCUUGGAAAACUUGCCAGAAGCUCUAACCGAUAAGAAGAUACCUAUUGUGCGAAGAUUUGUAUCUUCCUUGAAACGACAAACAUCUUUUUUACACCUUGCUCAGAUUGCCAGACCAGCUCUCUUUGACCAGCAUGUUGUGAAUUCCAUGGUAUCCGAUAUUGAAAAGGUUGACUUGAAUAGUAUUGGAUCACAGGCCCUUCUCACCAUUUCUGGCAGCACAGACACUGAAUCUGAUAUCUACACGGAACAUGACUCUAUCACAGUGUUCCAAGAACUGAAAGAUCUUCUUAAGAAGAAUGCCACAGUGGAGGCUUUUAUUGAAUGGUUGGAUACCGUGGUAGAGCAGAGAGUUAUUAAGACCAGCAAACAAAAUGGAAGAUCAUUAAAGAAGAGGGCUCAAGACUUUCUGCUUAAGUGGAGCUUUUUUGGUGCUCGAGUAAUGCAUAACCUCACCUUGAACAAUGCAUCCAGUUUUGGUUCUUUCCAUUUGAUCCGAAUGCUUCUUGAUGAAUACAUUCUCCUCGCCAUGGAGACCCAGUUCAAUAACGACAAAGAGCAGGAGUUACAGAAUUUAUUGGACAAGUAUAUGAAGAAUUCAGAUGCAAGUAAAGCUGCCUUCACUGCUUCUCCAAGUUCAUGCUUUCUGGCCAACCGUAAUAAAGGGAGCACUGUUUCCAGCGACACUGUGAAGAAUGAAAGCCAUGUGGAAACAGCCUAUCUUCCUCUGUCAUCCAGUCAUCCUGGAGGCUUACCCUCUGCUCUGCACCCAUUCCCUGAUGGGAAUACGGACACCAUGCCACUCACAGGUCAAAUGGAGCUUUCCCAGAGUACUGGUCAUCUGAUGACACCACCCAUUUCUCCAGCCAUGGCAAGCCGAGGAAGCGUCAUUAACCAGGGGCCAAUGGCAGGGAGACCUCCAAGUGUGGGCCCGGUCCUGUCAGUGCCAUCACACUGCUCAUCAUUCCCAGAGUCCAUUUAUCCUACCCAUCCUCAAGCCAAUCAUGACUUUUAUGGAACCAACUCUAACUAUCAGACUGUGUUUAGGGCACAGCCUCACCCCCCAUCAGGACUCUAUCCUCAUCGCUCUGAGCAUGGUCGAUGCAUGGCCUGGAGUGAACAGCAGCUUUCUAGAGACUUCUUCAGUGGCAGCUGUGCUGGGUCUCCAUAUAAUUCUCGACCACCUUCCAGCUAUGGACCAUCCUCACACAGCCAAGAUUCACACAGUAUGCAGUUUUUAAAUACAGGAAGCUUCAAUUUCCUGAGCAACACAGGGGCGACCAACUGUCAAGGAGCAGCAUUGCCUCCUAGUUCACCUAAUGGAUACUAUGGAAGCAACAUAAACUACCCAGAGUCUCAUAGACUUGGAUCGAUGGUGAAUCAACAUGUGUCCGUCAUCAGCAGUGUUCGCUCACUGCCUCCCUACAGUGACAUCCACGAUCCACUUAACAUUUUAGAUGACAGUAGUAGAAAGCAGACCAGCUCGUUUUACGCAGACACAUCACCUUCAGUUGCGUGUCGAACUCCAGUAGUAGCAUCCAGCUUGCAAACACCAAUUCCUUCGUCCUCAUCUCAGUGUAUGUAUGGAACUUCCAAUCAGUAUCCAGCUCAAGAGACCCUGGAUUCCCAUGGAGCGAAUGGUAGAGAAAUGGUGUCCUCUUUACCACCCAUUAACACUGUGUUCAUGGGAACAGCAGCCGGAGGCACUUAAACCAACAAUGUUGGGUGGGGAAUGAAACCAACAAUCUGUACUGCUCAAAUAUUAUUCACUCAGAUUGCCAUCAGGGUAAAGAAAAUGGAAUAUACAGUGAGAGGACAUUGUGUUUUCAAGUCACUGAUACAAAACCAUGGACAACUCCAUAAUGAGUGGAGAUACUUGCAGACUUCGCUUUGCACACAAAUUGUUUGAAAUGCGAUCUCAUUAUUAAUUAUAGUUUCAAACAUUAUCAAGUGGAACCAGUGGAGCUUUGAAGAUGCAAACAUUUCAACUAUGAAGAUUUAAUAUUUUGCCUCCUAAUUUAUUGAAGAUCUGUGUGCUGUUUCAUCUUUGGUCCAUAAAAGGAAAAAAUAUUUAAUGCCUUAAAAUAACUUUAAUUUAACUUAUUAGGGUCUCGGAAUCAUUGUUUACUAUCCCUUAUUUGACCAAAAGUCAAAUGUGUAUGUUCUACCUCCUAUGGAAAUGUUUACAGGGUUAAGACUUAAUUCAAUUCAGCCUAGACCAAAGUUGCUUGACUUUCAAUCCUGUGCAUUAGUGUGAUGAUUUGUUACAUAGCAGUAUUCCAAUUCUAUGUAACU